AUGGAAAGAAGAAAAGUUGAAAUUGCUUCUUCUGAAUACGCUGCAGAUGACGUUUUUAAUGCGGACGAAACGGCUUUGUUUUUUAAGAUUUUGCCAGAAAGAACAUUAGCUUACGAAGGAGAUAAAUGUGUUGGAGGUAAUAAAGCUAAAGAGAGACUUACAGUUUUGAUUGCAGCCAACAUGACUGAGUCACAAAAAUUGCCUCUGCUCUUUAUUGGAAAAUAUCUGAAACCAAGGUGUUUAAAAAAUGUUCAGAAGAUUCCUGCUGCAUAUUAUGCUAAUAAUAAGGCCUGGAUGACUGGCAACAUUUACGAAAAAUGGUUGAGAGAUUUAGAUAACCGUUUUUCAGCAGAGAAGCGCAAAGUUCUCCUAAUUGUGGACAAUUGUACUGCACACAUGGAAGUCACUGGGCUUCAGGCACUCCGUGUGGAAUAUCUACCACCAAAUGCAACUGCAGUUUUACAGCCAAUGGAUCAGGGGAUAAUCAAUAGUUUCAAGCGAAAAUAUAAGACAGUGCUCUUACAAAGAGUAAUCCUUGGCUUGGAAAGGGAACAACCUUAUCAGAUUGAUAUUCUUGGUGUAAUGCAUUUAUCAAUCAAUGCAUGGAAUGAUGUUUUAGAUGAAACAAUUUCUAAAGCCUUUCGACAUGCAGGUUUUAUUAAAGAAACAGACGUAACUGAAGAAAUCCAUGACAAUAGAUCUCACGACGAAGAUGAGGUUCUCAUGCAUGAACUUGCCGUAGAAAUCCACAGUUGUCAGAACUUUCAUCGAGGAUUUUUUAAAUGUGGAUUCUAA